UAUAAUAGGGAGCAGCAAUGCUCCAGCGGUUGCAUGCUUCUCCUUCGUCGCAAGGCUAUAGGCCGUUAGCAAGCGAAGCACUAAGCCAUGCUUCAUAUGGUCACGAAUCUUCGCCGCAAGUUGUUAGCUUUGAAGCGCCACCCGUGCGCACCACUACGAUGAACACUUCCAAGUCAUUUGGAGACCUUAAAGCUGUGCAAAGCCGCUCACGCGGCAAAAAGGGCAGGGCAAUCCGAUGGCUGGUGCUGCGGGCUAGCGGCGAGCGACAGCUGUUCACGCUGGACAAGCGCCAACUCAUCCAGACCUGCCGGCUGGAGAUCCCCAUUCGCGACAUGCGGCUCAUGGACAGCGCUCUCGGCACCGAGACGCUUGCGCAGCUGCUGGUCCGCGACAACGCGCUGGUGUUUAGCAUGGAGCACGUGCGCCUCAUCAUCAUGGCCGACAAGGUGGUGGUUCCCCUGGACGAGGUGGCGCCGCUGCAGCCCUCCUCGGAGCUCAAGGACCGCUUCAUCUCGCACCUGGAGGGGGUGGUAAUGGACUGGGCGCUGCAGCACGGCGCGGCAGCAGCGGAGGCGCUGGCGGCGAUCGGCGGCGGGGGCGGAGGUGGUAACGGCGGCAUGCUGCUGUCACCUAGUACACACGCGCCGCCGCCAGGGUUUGGCAUGAGCCACAACGUCAUGGGUGGUGGUGGUGGUAAUGGUGCUGUUAGUGGAGGGGGAAGCAGCCACCAUCAUGGUUUGCCGCCGCCUCCGGCGGCCGUUGUCGUACCGGUGCUGCCGCCGCCGGUGUCGGCGGCGACAGUGGCGGCGGCGGCGACGGCGCCGCCGUCGUCCAUGUCGCUGCAGCUGGAGUCGCAGCAGCAUGUAGGGAACAACGGCGGGAGCAGGAUGCAUGCCGGGCUGCGGGCCGGGGCGGUUGGUGGCGGAGGCGGCGGUAUGAUGGGAGUCCUUCCGGGCGGCGGCGGCGGCCCGGGCAGCGAGACGGCCUCCCAGACCGCGUUUGACCCUGAGUACCAGCCGUUCGAGAUGCUGGUGCUGGAGACGGCGCUGUCGGAGAUCUGCACGCACCUCUCCCGCGAGGUUGACGCGCUGCAGGCCGCCUGCCAGCCCGCCCUGGAGGCGCUCAUGAAGACCGCCGACACCGCCAACCUGGAAGCCGUACGGCGUGUCAAAACACACCACGCGCGCCUCGUCACCCGCGUCACGGCAACCAAGGAGGCGCUAGAGCGGCUGAUGGGUGAUGACGACGACAUGGUUCGCAUGUGCCUCACGCAGCAAGCGCACAUGCGAGUGGCGGCCCUGGCAGCAGCCGCAGCGGCAGCGCAUCAGCAGCAGCAACAGGACCACUGCCACCAUCACCACCACCACCACCAUCACGGGCAUCAUCACAGCCACCACCACAGCUGCCACCACAGCCGCUCGCCAGGCCGCUGCGACGCCUCGUCGCCCCACCGCGACGCAACCGCCGCCAACGGUAACGCGGAAACCCUAACCGCCGCUGUUGCGGACGGCGGCGGCGGCGGCGGCGGCGCUGACAGCGGCGACGCGGCCGACGGUGUCGAUGGACUUUCCUACGACUCUGCAACUUCCCAGCCCGAUGCACAUCAACUGGCGAUGCUGAUGGGAUCCAGCUUACCUGCAUCGCCGUACAUGCGACCUGCUUCGUUGGCCGCGGCACGUGCGGCGGUACGACACGGCGUGGGAAAGAAGGGCGGCGGCCUGGGAGAGGCGCUAGCCCUGGCGGAGGCCGCGGCGGCGGCGGCGUCGGGGGUCGGCGGCGGCGGCGUUGGGGUCUGUCCUGGAGGUGGCGGCGGCGUCGGCGGCGGCGUCGGCGGCCCUGGUAGCGGGGUUGGCGGCGGCGGCGGAGGAGCUGGGAGUGAGCUUGUGGAGCACGAUUUUCUGGACGUUGAGAACUUGUUGGAGUCGUACGCCAUCAUUGUGGAUACCACCUACCAGACGCUCAUGUCAAUAGGCGAGUACAUAGACGACACGGAGGACCUCAUCAACAUCCAGCUGGACUUCAGCCGCAACAAGCUCAUCCGCUUCGAGAUCCUGCUCACCACCGGUACCUUUGCACUCGCGUUCUUCAACAUCGUGACUGGGGUGUUGGGAGAGAACCUUGUGCUGCCGGACACCAUCACCCAGGACCUGCGGAGCUUCUUCCUUGUGAACGGCGGCACCAUGGCCUUCUGCCUGGCCACCUAUCUAGCGCUGGUGACGCUGUUCAAGUGGCAAAAGGUGCUGUGAGGGUGGCAAGGAAAGGUGCUGUGAGAGUGGCAACAAAAGGUGCUAAAUGAGGGACAGUUACGAGGGACGGCUUUCGACGGGGGCUGCUUGCGGUAGGGAUUGCUUAGGGGGGGUAAGGGCGCAGCGGUGUGGCGUGUGCGCCCCUUCCUCAGCCGGAUCGCACCAUCAGCAGUAGCAGUAGCAGACUGUUUAGCUGGGGCGUGGGGAUAGUGAAGGGUGUAGUCAUGAUGCGGGGUUCCGGGCGCCCUGUCGCCAUCGGCACUUGGCAACUUGCCUCGAGUUAGGGAUUAGAGAGGAAUAGAACACCCUGGGCGUGGAGGUGCUGCGAGCUGGGUGCAGGGUUAGGCGCGCGCGAGGUUGUCUAGGGGGGCUGCGUGGGGCUCGGAGGGGUAGAGAUGGUGCGUGGUGAGUUGCAGCAGUGAAGGGCAAGGUGGACGAUUAGAGGCGAUGACACGUACAGCCAGGAGGGUUUAAUCAGACCGAGAGAAUGAAGUGGCAGGGCCUUCAUUGUCCAUGAUGCGAAGAAUGUCUUCGUUUCGUGUAAGAAGGGCGCUUGGUGUUCUUCUGAUAGUUGUGCGCCUGCCGUGCUGAAACCCAUACCAACAGCUUUUGCGAUGAAGCGCUAUUAUGUUCCGUCCUUUCCUGCGACUAUACUUUGCACCAACAGGGGUGGUGGUGUGUGGGUUACGGUUUGGCGGACGAACGGCGGCAGUGCUCUUUUUGUGUCUGGAGCGAGUAUGUCGCCGCUGGUGAUGGGCGGAUUCAUGCGGCUGAAGAGGGCGAUAUUCAAGGGCGAUAUUCGGGAGGACAUCAUGGGUGCAUGGCGCUUCUCAUAAGGCAGGCGCCGAAGCGGCGUUGCGGCAUGCCAGGAAACGUCAUCUGGCAGGCUGCUGUUUGAGCCUGUUGUGGAUGUGUUGGGAAGCGCUGGUAGACCAGGCAGUACCCGACACGGCACUGCCAUGGCACUGUCGGGCACGUUCUAGGGAUGUCGAAGGAUGUCCCUGGUAGCAGGAGCGAGGGUUAGGCGUCAGUACACUGGUUGCAUAAGCAUAUCAUGCAUGCAUGGAAGUCCAUUAGGAAGUUGUGAAUGUAUGGGGGAACGAGGAGGAGGAGGAGUUGUGUGCAUGUACGAGAGAGUUCCCCUUCAUAGGCAGGUAUGUGCGCUGUGCACUACGGUAGGUGCGUUUGCCGCCGUGUCUGGCAGCCCCGUACGUUUGCGUGUGUGUUUUGUUAAUCUUGGGGGAUUCCUGGGGGAUUUCAUAGCAGGGUGGAGUGUUGGCUGCGCUUUGCCCCGGGCAUGCAUGGAUGUAUGCUACUCCACUGUAUUGCUCCUGAACUGGAUGGGGCUUAAAUGUGUUGGUGAAGUAAUACUGGUGUAAAGCAGUGUAGGAAUGGAGAAGAGAGGCGUCGGAGAUUGAUGCCCAGUAGAUGUUGCGUAGGAUGGCGGGUUACAUUGAUUGAUUGGGUUAUGUGGCAGGAUGGAGACGGGGCUGCGAAUGCCAGGUAAGGCAGGAUGGACGUGACGUGCGGUUUAGAAGUUAACUACAAAUACCUGACGGGGUGCGGCUUCGUCUUGUGCCAGCCAAACCGGUAGUAUCGUUUUCUCGGCCUGAUAACACACUCCGUACACCAUGCGGCCAAAGAGGUGUGCGCUCCAAGGCAGGGGUGUGCUGUCCCUGUGUGGCUUGGCCGCCGGCCGCCUCAAUCAACGCAAGUUUAAUGGGCUUUUCCCCUGUUGCUGCCACUGCUGCUGGACUAGAGCAGGUUGGUUCUUCACGGCAGGAUGUGUUACGAGAACUGGCCGGGAGUCGGAACGUACUGUGAUGGCCGGAAGCUGAAGUCCCGACAGAAACUUGGCGCGCCGUGUGUGUGGGGCUUAUGUAUCUUGUGGGCGGUGUUAGCGAACCGGUAUAUGUUCUUCCUGCAUGCAACAACACACCACCACAUGGCCUCCAACCAGCUGUCCGUACGAGCUUGGCCGUAGAGCCAAGUAUUGAAACUUGCC